AUGUACAUUUCUAGAGUGGCCAAAGAGGAUGCUGAUAGGCUAGAUUUGCUCAACAAAAAACUCCAGUAUCAUUGGCUGCACUGGUACUAUAUCAUGUUUCAGCAGGUUCACGAGAAUUGGCAUACUGUGUGGUGUGAAGUUCGGCAGGUUGUGCCUUUUAUUCGAGCUAGAAGUGUUGCUGUUUUGCAUCAAGACAGGUCGCUAUGGCGGGUCAAGCUUAUGGAUAUCCUCUCAGUUUGGCCCAGGGAUAAUUUCGUCGUUAUGGGGUGGGACAGUUUCUUAAUCUUUCGUGUUUUCUGCCUGGGUUUCGACGAUCGUGUAAAAGAAUUAAGAGAAAUGGUUCCCAACAGUGCCAAGGAUGGCUGUAUCGUGUGUCCCUCAACCGAUAGCACAUUUGAGUUGCGAAAUGGGUCAAUCAAAGAGUGGUUUCCAAAGAAGCCAAUUCUAAGAGCGCUCACACCCGCUUUGAGGAACUUAUUCGUUUAUCCUGUGAAAAUCGACGGUGAAAAUGUCUACAUUAGUCUUGGAGGAUCCGCACCAUCAGAUGCCUCUGCAGAAAUCGUCUUUAGUGGAAUGUCGAGACUUGGUAUGACGGCUACUAAUGUCAACGUCGAUGAGGUAAGAAUGGUGGUAAUUGAGGUGGGGUCGGGAGGAUUCGGGUUCACAAGAAACAACGAGUUGAUUAACGGAAAAGCGGCUAUAAUCGGGUUCUUGUUGCUGUUAGAUUUUGAACUCUUGACUGGUAAAGGGCUCCUAAAGGGAACAGGCUUCUUGGACUUUUUAUAUUCUGCUACCAAUACUUUCAGCUAGACGUACAUUCUUUGCUUCAAGUUACUUCUUUGAUGUUACCUUUUUGGGUUUUCCGACAUUACAAGUUUGUGGUUGAUUAAUUUUAAUCAUAUAUAUGUAACCAAUGAUUGUAUAUGUUAUAUAUUUUCCUUUU